CGGCUCUUAAAGAAGAAAUGAGCAGGGAGAGCAGAAAACAAAUGUCCUCUACGACCGUAGUUGCCUUGAUCCUUCUGUUCCAACCUUUUGUCUAUUGGGAGACUGUGGAGGCGAAACCUCUGCUCGUCACUGGUAGUUGUAGAGAUUGUGGAAAAUUGAACGUUGUGAUUGUGAUGUGCGAUUCCUUCGAUGGAAGGCUGACAUUUCACACGGAAAAUGAGACAGUAGCCUUGCCUUUCAUAAAUCUCAUGGAGAGACAUGGCAGUCUCUUUCUUAAUGCCUACACCAAUUCUCCAAUAUGUUGUCCUUCCCGUGCAGCUAUGUGGAGUGGUCUCUUCAAUCACUUAACAGAAUCCUGGAAUAACUUCAAGGGCUUAGAUCCAAAUUAUACAACGUGGAUGGACCUCAUGGAAAAAUAUGGCUACUAUACACAGAAAUAUGGAAAAAUAGAUUAUACUUCAGGUCAUCACUCUCUAAGUAACCGUGUAGAAGCUUGGACCCGAAACGUUGGUUUUUUGCUUCAUCAAGAAGGCAGGCCUGUGGCAGAACUCAUAGGUGACAAGAAAUACAUGAGGGUCAUGAAGAAAGAUUGGGAAAUCACGGAUAAAGCAAAAACUUGGAUAAGGAGCAAGGCAACUAAUUUGACACAACCUUUUGUUCUUUAUUUGGGAUUAAAUUUGCCUCACCCAUAUCCAUCACCCUCUUCAGGAGAAAAUUAUGGAGCAUCCACAUUUCUGACAUCUCCAUAUUGGCUUGAAAGGGUAACGUAUAAAGCCAUCAGGAUCCCAAAAUGGUCUCCAUUUUCAGAGAUGCACCCAGUAGAUUAUUAUUCUUCUUACACCAAAAACUGCACUGGGAAAUUUACACAGAAAGAAAUUAGAGAUAUCAGAGCACAUUAUUAUGCCAUGUGUGCAGAGACUGAUGCCAUGCUUGGUGAGAUAAUUUCUGCUCUGAGUGAAACGGGACUACUCAAAAGAACUCUUGUCAUAUUUACUGCAGAUCAUGGAGAACUUGCCAUGGAACAUAGACAGUUUUAUAAAAUGAGCAUGUAUGAAGCAAGUUCUCAUAUUCCUCUCCUAAUAAUGGGGCCAAAUAUUAAGUCUCAAGUCAUAUCCAGUGUGGUAUCACUUGUGGAUAUCUAUCCUACCAUGCUUGAUAUCGCCGGAAUACCAAUACCAAAAAACCUCAGUGGCUAUUCACUGUUGCCAUUGAUACUGGCAAAGACCGAAAAUAACAUUCCAUCCAGAAAACAACAUCCUCAUUGGGUUCUGAGUGAAUUUCACGGCUGCAAUGUGAAUUCUUCAACCUACAUGUUGCGAACUGGCAAAUGGAAAUACAUAGCUUAUUCAGAUGAUCAUUCAGUAUCUCCUCAGUUAUUUGACCUCUCUGCUGAUCCAGAUGAACUGACAAAUGUAGCAACAAAGUUUCCAAAAAUGACCCAAACUUUAGAUAGAAAGCUCCAUUCCAUCAUUGACUAUCCAAAAGUCUCUGCCCUUGUUGAACUAUACAACAAGCAGCAGUUUAUCAAAUGGAAAGAAAGUGUAGGACAAAAUUAUUCUGAUAUUUUAGCUAACCUCAGAUGGCAUCAGGACUGGAAGAAACAUCCAAAGAAAUAUGAACAUGCAAUUGAUAAGUGGAUUAAAGGGAAUAGUAAUCUAUGAAAUGGCCGCAGGAAGUUGAAGGCAUGAACAUGUGGAUGAAUAUGGCUGGGUGUGACUGUGUCCAGUUGAAGGCCACGUGAAGACAAGCCAUGAGCAGAUAAAUCUGUCCAGUGUUUGCAGCAAAUACCAGCUGCAAAAGUAGAAGAUACUUCUCCAGUUUGCAGGGCAUUCAAAGGGACAUUACGUGCAUGAUUGUCUCCCACCCCCCUCAGCCCUUCCAUAGUGGUCUCUUGGCUACUGUGCUAGGAAAACUCUGGCCAAGAUACUGAAGACACCCCUGGCAUCAGACCUCACCAAGUCUCCAAAGUCGCCCACCGCAACCUUCUGAUAAGAGGGAAAGUAGUAGUUUUCAUCCCAAACAUAAGGCACCACCUACCUGGAUCUGGCUGAUCCUAGAAAUGAGGGCACAAACUUUAGAGGGACCUGAGACAUAAAGGAGUAUAGAAGCAGUAAAGGGCAAGGGAAGGGCAGAAUCCCCUUCACCCUCUGUCAAGAUUCUCCAAUUCAAAUUGUAUCAGCUCUGUCGAAAGCCUGCCUUGGUAUGUAUGGAUGUGCACAUG